AAAGAACAAAGCUCUAGGGUUUAUGCGGGAGGAGAAUGCUGUGGCGAGCGCAGGGGCUGCGGAUUGACAGGAAGAACUCGAGCUUCUGGUUGCGCUUGUGUCGCGAUUUUCAUCCGCAAGGUCGAGAGGCAACGCGUGAGUUUCCACAGAACAGGGAGCUACCACCUCUGGUACCGCCGAAGAAGAAGCCUUACUACAAGCCCCUUCCUCUGGUGAUAUGGGAGCACAGGCGAGACAAGAGGCUUGGCGUGAGGCGGCUGUGGAAAGCCCCGCUCAAUGGAAUGCUUGUGGAGGAUCUCAUACCUCUCGCUCACGACGUUCUCAAGGAGUACGCUGUGCUCGAGGAAGGUGUCAAGAGGCUCAUGAAAUCCGUCACAGUGAAAGCUUGCACUUGCUGUAUGGAGAUCUACGUAGGAAAAGUGGGUCACAAGCUCCCGACUUGCAGAGGCACGAGCAACCGAGCAAUCUAUGGACAGCACCGGUGGAUCAGGGGGUACGUUGAAGACGUGAUCAUCCCGCUAGAGGCUUACCACGUCUACAACAAGAUAGGACGCUCUAUCAAGCACAGCCAAAGGUACACAGUCCCGAGAGUAGGCGCAAUUCACGAGCUUUGCAUGCAGGCGGGUGUUGACGAUCCCAGGUACCCGAUGAUCAGGUGGGCUCGAAGGUCUGGAAGACAGGUCGGGGACGGCCAGGCCCAGAUCCCUCUCACUCGCUUCCGGAACAAAAUCAUCCCGGGCUACUCGUCGUCGAGUGACACCAGCGACGAUGACGACGACGAGAGCGGGUCUCCAGUGGUGGAAUCCAAGACCGAAGCGGACGAAGCCAGGGAAGAACCCGGAGCAAUCCAGGAAAACAAAGUUCCUCAGAUCGAAGAACUUACAGGAAUCCAGGAAAACGAAGCUCCUCAGAUCAAAGAACUUACAGGAAUCCAGGAAAGCGAAGCUCCUCCGAUCGAAGACAGUGGAGGCUGCCAAGCUCCUGGCGAGAAGCUGGAGGAGAUGGGGCCGGACGAAGUUCCAAACGAAGAAGAAGAAGACAGCAGGAACAGACCACGCAAGUUUGAGCUGCGGCUCGCGGAGGAGGAGCUGGGCGAUUUAGAGGUGGAAGCAGGAGAGAGCCGAGUGGACGCCGAGAAGCGAGAGCUCAAGGCGGUGGCGGACAGGACGCUGGUGGCAUUCGACAGCGUCCGCCGGGGAUUGCAAGCGCUGCUCUACAAGUACAAGGUGUGGGCUUGCGGCUACUGCUCCGAGGUUCACAUCGGUGUCAAGCCUCACAAAGUCCUGCUCUGCGGGGGCCUGGGGCGGGCAUACAGGGGCGGCGGCCAUGCCUGGCAGGAGGCCGCGCUGAGCGACGUCUUCCCCCCAAACUUCGUGUGGCACGUCCCGGCAAAUCACCACCCGAGGCUGUCCAAGGAGCUUAUCCGGUACUACGGCCAGACACCCGCGAUCGUGGAGAUGUGUGUCCAGGCCGGGGCCGAGGCGCCGCCGCGGUGGAAAGCUUACAUGAGGAUGGAUGUGGCGAUCCCACUCGAGGAGGAGAUGCUGUGGACUGCCUAGAGCUUGGGCUUCUUAGUUUUUUAAAUGGUUUUUCGCGCGAAGUUUGAAAAUUUAAGAGCCCUACCCUAGUUGUA